CUUCGACUUCUUAUCCUAAAAAAUAAAAUUUUUUUUUGCUUUAAAUGUAAAUAUUUUUUACAAAAUGAUUAGUGAUAAAAUAAAUUUAGAUAACAAUAAUUCAAUAGCAAAUGUUAAAAGUUUACAAAAUGAAUUGAAUGAAUUAUUAACGGACAAUACGCUCGCGUUAGGUAACAACUUGCGAACCCAAACAAUAACAAAUAAUCAAGAAAUAUGGAACAAUAUACCGGCAAAUACAAACGAAAAAAUCGUUAUUAAUAACGGUAAUAAUAAAUUAAGUGAUAAAUUGCACAAAAUUUGUCGUUUAUGUUUAAUUGAGGACGAAAAUUUACGACAAAUUUUUGAUGAUUCGAAUUGUAUUGUUGAUAUGCUUUCGCUCUUUACAUCACAUCAGAUAACGAGCAAUGAUGGGUUACCUUGGAAAAUAUGUUUUGAAUGUUUAACAAUUUUGACGAAAUGUGUUAAUUUUAGGCAACAAAUUGAAACAGCUAGUACAAUUUUAGAACAUUAUAUUAAACAAGGAUUUGCUGACGGAAUGGUUUUAGAAAAAAUCGAUGAAGAUUAUUUGGAAAAAUAUGGAAUAAUUAAAUCAAUACAUUAUGAUUUGGAGAACGAAGUUGGCAGUCCAUUAGCUGAACCAAUACAAGAACUUAGUGUUUCCGAAAGCGAUGUUCUCGAAGAUAUCAUUCAAACUAUAGAUCUACCUACUAUUGAAGAGAUAAAUAAUACUGACAAUGAAGAUUUUUAUAACGAUGACUUCAAUGAUACUGCAUCAUCAAUUAAUGACACAGAACUAAUAAGAGCUAAAAAAAGAAAGCGGGCUGAAUUUAUUAAGGACGUAUUAGCUCAAGAAAUUUUAAAGGACGAACAAAGUGAAAAUCAAAUUAUAGAAACUGAUUUUAUAAGAUCAUACAAAUGUAAAGAUUGUAAAGAAAAUUUUUCAGAAAAAGAUGAUUUGUAUGUCCAUGAAUCAGUGCACGACAUAAAUUCAAAUAAUAAAUUCAUAUGUAGAAAAUGUCAAAAAGAAUUUAGUGAAUUAAAAAAAAUGAAACGCCAUAUCAGAACUCACUUUUUAAAUAAACCAUUUAAAUGUAAAGAUUGUGAUAGAGGAUUUCCUGAAAUGGCUUCCCUUACACGUCACGUAAAUGUCGCACAUUUGGGUCAAAAAAAGGAACGUAAAUUUGGUUGUUCUAUGUGUGAUAAAAAAUAUUUUGAUUCAUAUUCUUUAAAUGUACAUAUUCGAACACAUAAUGGGGUCAAACCUUAUGCUUGUACAGAGUGUGAUAGAAGGUUUACAGACUUCCGGUUAUUGAACUCACAUCGAAGGACACAUUCGGGCGAAAAAAAUUACAAAUGUCAACACUGCGAUAAGAAAUUUACUCACCAAAGUACGCUGGCUACACAUAUUCGAACUCAUACUGGAGAAAAACCAUAUGUAUGUAUAAUAUGUGGAGCAUCAUUUAUACAAUCAUCAAAUUUACGAUUGCAUAUGCGCUCUCAUUCUAAAGAAAAACCUUACUCAUGCGACGUAUGCUCAAAAGGUUUCAUUAGUUCUUCGGCAUUAACAAUGCACAAGCGUUGCCACACUAAAGAAAAGCCGUACGCAUGCCCGCAAUGCGAUAAAAGAUUUCCUAGAUCGGAUCUAACAGCUCACAUGCGCACCCACACUAAAGAAAAGCCGUAUACUUGUGAAAUUUGUGCAAAGACUUUUACAACUUCAUCACAACUGAAAAUUCAUUUUCAUAGACAUACUGAAAAAAUUCACAAAUGCGAUUUAUGUGAAAAAAAUUUUUCAAACUCUAUUUAUUUAAAAAAACAUAUGAAAACUCACCAAACAUGUGAAAGUUUUUAUAGAAAAAAUGACAACGUUGAUCAAAAUCCAAACAGUACUAUUGCUGGUCAAGAACAAGAUAAUGAUGCUGAAUUAAACGAAAGUUUGCUACUGGUGAACAAUUUAUUAGCAGCUGUUGCUGAAAAUGAUCUAACAUCUAACGCUAAUUAAAUUAAUAUAAAUU